AUGUCGACAGACGAACCAAUGUCUAAUGAAUUGGAUUCUAUUCAAACAAAGAUAAAUGAAAAAACAAAUGAAUCGUUGGAAAGUACGCGUCGAAUGCUUGGUAUGGUUGAUGAAACCAAAGAUGUUGGUAUUCGAACACUCGUUAUGUUGGGUGAACAAGGUGAAAAAUUAGAUAAUAUCGAACAAAAUAUGGAUAGAAUCGAUUCCAAUAUGGAUGAAGCUGAAAGACAGCUCACAAAUUUACAAAAAUGUUGUGGCUUAUGUGUACUACCAUGGAAUAAAAAAUUUAGUCGACGAGCAACUUCAAUGAAUUCAAAUGAAAAUAAAGUAAAAACAACUGAACCAAAAGCUGCUAUGUAUGAGGACACAAUGCGUGGUAAUGGAAUGCCGUCGAAUGGUUAUAUUCCAAAAGUAACAAAUGACGCAAGAGAAGAUGAAAUGGAAGAAAAUUUACAACUUGUUCAUUCAUAUGUUGGUGGUUUAAAAAAUAUGGCAAUAGAUAUGGGUAACGUCCUCGAAGGUCAAAACAAACAAAUUGAUAAUAUAACUAAAACAGCUGUGAAACACACUGAACGAAUAACAGUAGCCGAUAAAGUUGCUCAAAAAAUUAUUCGUAAUGCCUAA